UACAUCUCACUACAAUGAACGUGGCAACCAGCCCAUUAAUGGAAUCUCCUAUUUAUUUACUAAGGGCAUGAAGACAUCUAGCAAGCAGGAUGAGGCCUGGAUCAUGAACCGUCUGAUAAAACAGCUCACAGACAUGGGCUUCCCUAGAGAGCCAGCGGAAGAGGCCUUGAAGAGCAACAGUAUGAAUCUCGAUCAGGCCAUGAGUGCUCUGCUGGAAAAGAAGGUGGAAAUGGACAAGCGUGGAAUGGGAGUGACCGACUAUAAUGGAAUGGUCACCAAACCCCUUGGCUGCCGCCCACCACCAAUCUCCAAAGAGUCUUCCAUGGACCGCCCCACCUUCCUUGACAAGCUCACCCUUUCUUUCUCCAAUCAGGAUGGCGGCCUAGUGGAAGAGCCCACUACUUCACCAUUUUUGCCUUCACCAAGCCUGAAGCUCCCCCUUUCAAACAGUGCACUCCCUAAUCAGACCCUGGGCGGGAUUGCCUCAGGGCUGGGCAUGCAAAACUUGAAUUCUUCUAGACAGAUACCGAGUGGCAAUCUGGGUAUGUUUGGCAAUAGCGGAGCAGCACAAGCCAGGACCAUGCAACAGCCGCAGCAACCGCCAGUGCAACCUCUUAAUUCAUCCCAGCCUAGUCUUCGUGCUCAAGUGCCUCAGUUUCUAUCCCCUCAGGUUCAAGCACAGCUUUUGCAGUUUGCAGCAAAAAACAUUGGUCUCAGCCCUGCACAGUUAACCUCGCCAAUUAAUAAUCCUCAGCAUAUGACGAUGUUGAACCAGCUCUAUCAGCUGCAGCUGGCAUACCAACGUUUACAAAUCCAGCAGCAGAUGUUACAGGCUCAGCGUAACGUUUCCGGACCCAUGAGACAACAGGAGCAGCAAGUUGCACGUACAAUCAAUAACAUGCAGCAGCAGAUCCAGCAGCACCAGCGCCAGCUGGCCCAGGCCCUGCUUAUGAAGCAGCAGCCUCCCCCUCCACAUCUAUCUUUGCACCCCUCUGCAGGCAAAUCAGCCAUGGAUAGCUUUUCACCCCAUCCCCAGGCUCCCGGCCUUCCUGACCUGCAGACCAAAGAGCAGCAGUCUUCACCGAACACCUUUGCUCCUUACCCUCUUGCUGGACUGAACCCGAACAUGAAUGUAAAUAACAUGGACAUUACUGGUGGUUUGUCAGUGAAGGACACUUCUCAGUCCCAGUCUCGCCUUCCUCAGUGGACACACCCCAACUCAAUGGAUAAUCUGUCCAGUGCUGCUUCUUCGCUUGACCAGAACUCCAGCAAGCACGGUGCUAUCCCUGGAGGUUUGAGUAUUGGUCCUCCGGGAAAGUCCUCCCUCGAUGACUCCUACGGCCGCUAUGAUCUGAUCCAGAACAGUGAGUCUCCUGCCAGCCCACCUGUAGCUGUUCCUCACAGCUGGUCACGUGCCAAAUCCGAUAGUGAUAAGAUUUCCAAUGGCUCCAGCAUAAACUGGCCACCAGAGUUUCACCCAGGAGUGCCAUGGAAAGGACUGCAGAAUAUUGAUCCUGAAAAUGACCCUGAUGUUACUCCUGGCAGUGUUCCUACUGGGCCUACCAUAAACACCACGAUCCAGGAUGUGAAUCGCUAUCUGCUCAAGAGUGGAGGGUCAUCCCCAACAUCAUCUCAGAAUGCCACGCUGCCUUCAUCGAGUGCCUGGCCGCUUAGUGCCUCCGGCUACAGUAGCUCUUUCAGCAGCAUUGCAUCUGCACCUAGCAUUGCAGGUAAACUGUCAGACAUCAAGUCCACGUGGUCCUCUGGCCCGAUCUCUCACACCCAAGCCUCUCUGUCCCACGAACUCUGGAAGGUUCCCAGAAACACUACAGCUCCAACCAGACCUCCUCCAGGCUUAACCAACACCAAGCCAUCCUCCACGUGGGGUGCCAGUCCCCUGGGCUGGACCAGCUCUUACUCCUCUGGUUCUGCAUGGAGUACUGACAGCUCAGGGAGAACAAGCAGCUGGCUGGUUCUUCGGAACCUCACCCCCCAGAUCGAUGGCUCCACACUGCGGACUCUGUGUUUGCAGCACGGCCCUCUCAUCACAUUCCACUUGAACCUGACCCAAGGGAAUGCUGUGGUCCGAUACAGUUCCAAGGAGGAAGCAGCCAAGGCCCAGAAGUCUCUGCACAUGUACGUUUCUGCUGCCUCUUUCUUUUGGUACAAAGCCCAGAAAAUGUUUUCUUUGCCAUAACUGACCAUUAGUUACUUCAAUCUUGAUUUUCAAUAUUACUUAAUGAGAGAGAAAAAAGUGAACCGGGGUCAAUACUGAAUAAGAGGGCAUUACAGAACUUUAUUCAGCAUAAAUAAUAUCCUCAGUUAGGUCACCUGUAAGGACACAAAGAAUUUGUAAGAUGUGAUAAGGAUUCCAAAGGAAGCUCAGGGAGAGCACAGGACAAGGUUUUAGCUUUAGAGAGAAACAGAGAGGGUAAAACAAUGUUAAAUAAGGAAUGUGUUCGUGGUGGUCACCUUUUUUUAAAGGAAUUAUGAGAGAAGUGUAUGACAGCAAAAUCUGCCUUUUAGGAGUUUUGAAAUCCAAGAGACUAACAGGCAUAAAGGCUGGAGAAUUGGAGUGGUAAAAUCAGUGCCAUUGGGCAGGAUGAAGAAUACAGAGUGGUGUUUCAGGAGAAUUACUUGGGUAUUCAGAGCUGGAAAACAAUUUCCUUUGUCAACAGUUUAUAGCAUGAGCAUAAUGAAAUAAAGUACUGAGGCAGUGGGAGCAUCAUUUGGCUGGAGAGCUUCUGUCCUUAUUCCUGAAGAGAAUCGAGGCUCCAGGACGACUCAGUUAGAGGAGAAGGUCUCCACAUGUGUGGAUUUGGGUGUUUGUGGAUGUAGGAAGGUGGACAGAAAACAGGACAGAGCAGCCUUGGUUGAAGAGACAGGGAUUGCUCAAAGCGAGAGCAUGUGGUGGAAAUUUCCACCUUGAUUUCAGCCUGGGGGAAGGUGGAGCCCUGUCACAGAAUUGCUUGGGUUGGGUGGGA